GUGGUGUGUGUGUGUUGUUUGUGUGGGCCUCGGUGCAAGAGAUACGCUCGGAUCGUGCAUCUGUGAUGUUGAAUAUAUGUCCAAUAUUAUGGCAGGCCGAUUUAAUCCUUUCCAUAAUAAUAUGUGUAGAGUCAGGCAUCACGAGGACAGAGGGAUUAAUCGCACAGUUCUUUGUGCAUUUCAGUAUGAAGACCUUAAAACGUUCUUGACUUGGAUAUUUUGAACACAAGGGAGAUGAGAUGUUUUAAAAGACUAAACACAGUCGGUUGCAGCCCAGUUUAAUCCUUUCCCAGAAUGCACCGUGUCAAUGCACAGUUGUGUUUCCUGUUUACCGUUGGAACGCUUUUGUUUGGUUGUUUGUUUGUUGCAGAGGUUUCAAGUAACGUUUGAUUGUUAUGGAUUUCUUUUGCCACGGUUGAUCAGAGAAGGCGAGUUUGUAAAUAGAUAAGCCUAUGGUAAACACGAGAAAAUUCGAGAUCGGCGAGACUUCGAUGAGGAAAUACCCUGGCGCGCGCUGAACGUCCGCUUUCAUUUUACAGCUCGACAUGUUAUCGCGUUCCGACCGAUUCGACAGCUUACGCACGGACUGCAGAACGGUUCUUCAGGACGGUGUCUGAAUAUCAGAGUGAACGGUCUCUGGAUGUCGGAGCGGAUCGUCAGAAGGAUUAGCUGAGGUGUAAAUUAAGCCUGGACUAGUCACAGCCCCCCAGAGAGAAAACAACAGAAGGGCCGUGAAGAUCAGCCCUGAUGGAAGAGACAGAAACAGAGCUGACCUGCUCCGAGCAGGACGCUUUAGGAGCAGACUUCAUCACGGUGGAACUUGACACCCAGCCCAUCGAAUAUGUGGUCAAGUGGGCCGAUGUGGGCUCAAAAUUCACUAUAACCUGCGUGAAAAAGGAUUUGGACGAGACCUCCGAUCAGAUGGUCAAAGUGGAACCGGACGAGACCUUCUUUGUCCCUUACGACACAGUUUUCCCAGAAUGUGACGAAGCAGCUCUAGAUUUGAUUGCGACGCAUGAGGAAGAGGUGGGCAGCGAGUCAGACUUCAACGACCACACAGAAGCAGGGAAUAGCCAGUUGUGCGAAGAGGAGGACAUUUCUGAUAUUUGCUGGGAAAGGGAGGUGUCUCAUGCCAGAGCGUAUAACUGCCGCUUCUGUGGCAAGAGCUACAGCCAUUCCUCCAGUCUCGCUCGCCAUCUGCACGUACACUCGGAUAGAUCGUCCCUCUCUUCCUCUAAAGGUUUCAGCAAGUUGUGCGACAGAAAAAAGGCUCUCCAGUGCAAUCUAUGUGGGGUGCGGUGCAACGGCAAGCGGCUUUUGGCGAUACAUAAGAAAUGCCACAAAACCAAGAGACUGCACACGUGCAACACAUGCGGCAAAACGUUCAAUCACAGCUCGAGUCUGUCGCGGCAUCGGUUAAUCCACAAAAAAGGCUUGGAUAAAAACAUCAGACCGUUAUACCCAACUCCAACCCCGGCUCCCAUCGUGACCCAGAACAGUUUCCCCUCCGGCCACGGCACGAGUAAAAGAACGGUCUCCUCAGGCGAGCGAGAAAAGCAGUACCAGUGCGCGCAAUGCGACAGGGUCUUCAGCCACUCCGCGGGACUCUCUAAGCACCAGGUGGCUCACGUGCGACAGCUGCUCAACUCUUACACGCACGGCAACGACUCGCUCGACAAGUCCUCGGACCUCAAGAUCCGCCUGAAGCUCUGCUCCCGCGACAAGCCCAACUACUACACCCUGUGCAAGAAGAACAAGCACAGUAAAGGGGGCAAGAAGAGGUUGUGCCCGCCGGAUGAUGAGCGGCCGUACCCCAGCUUCCCCCACACCACCAACCUCUCACAGCACGAGCACGAGCACGCCAGCGACAAGUGCUACACCUGCAGCGUCUGCAAGAAGACCUUCAUGCGGCUCUCCAACCUCAAGCAGCACCAGCAAACGCACGCUUCGGGAAAACUCUACGAAUGCCCACAGUGCGGGAAAACUUUCGUUCACUCCUCCAGUUUCUCACGCCAUAAGAAGGUCCACACGAUGAUAAAAUUGUCCCCGAAACAGGAAGACAUUAAGUGUGAAGAGGAACUGGUCAUCGAUGAGGGGGCUCCGCUGGAAUAUGAGUCCGAGUGAGAAAG